CUUUGUUUACAUUUGGUUUCCACCCUGUUACCUUCACUGGUGUUCGAUUCAGUGACACAUUUUCACCAGGUGACACAGCAAAAAUGGCUCCAUCUCAAAAGUAUUUGCUAUGUCUGAUGCCGGCAGAAUGGGAGAAUCUGACCGUCCAUCGUAAUGUGAUGUUUCCACCAAAAGGCAGUAUUGGGGUUUACAGGAAGCACAAGAAACAAGAAAAACUUGUUUGUCAAGGCUACAUUUGUCCGACUGAUCCUGAAAAAAUGCAUAUGUCCGCCCUGCAGCCACCGCUAGUACUGCCGAGACGCCAUAGGUUGGGGUACAAGUACGCAAAACUAACAGAGAGGAUCAGAGUCGAGGAGGGUGCUGACAUUUUGUCAAAAAUCUUAAAGAGUCAGAGGAACAGAGUUGAUUCUGCAUCAAGUAGUAAACCAGUAGAAGAUGAUAUCCCAGCAGAGUCAACCACCACCAUCACCGCCUCCGCCAUCGUGCCAGAAUCUGGAGAUAUACCCAUUGAAACCAACCUGCAGCCAUAUCCAGAUGUAGAUAUUGCACAGGCAGUUUGUGCAGGGCCCAGUGGAAGUGUGAAUAAACCGGAUCAUCUAAAUAUGUCCGUGCAGAGGAGCGUGAAUAUGGAUUAUCCACCUUCUUCAGACAUCCAGGACAGAAGAGAGCACAUACCGCCAGCACAUGAUGAAGGAUGGACAAAAGAUUUCAUUCGUUGCAUGGAAACUUGGACAAACGCAGAGGACAUGGACGUAUUCGAUUUUGAGACUUUUGAUUAUUCUGGCCAAUAGACCAACAGCCCUCCUUAAAUGGGGUCUGUGAAAUAAAUGUUUUGACCGGCA